CAGACGGCGGAAGCUCACCCUCCACGCCCUCUCCAGCUCGCAGACAAUUAUUCUCGGUGUCGCUCGGUGCUGCAGAUUGGCCUGGAUCGCGAAAACCCGCGCCUUUGCCCCCAGACCACCCGCAAAUAUCGCCCGCCGCGCCCGCCACCGCUGCACGGCAACGAGCAACGCGCCCACGACCGUCCCGCAUCGACUCCCACGCCUCGGGGGCCCCGCGCGACCACUCGGCAACUCAAAAACACGGUAUAGGCACAUCACGCAACUCACGCGGCACAACAACGCGCUACGACGCCUGCACGACGCGCCCGCGCCCGCUCUCCAUGCCCGCACCGCCGAGGUGUCCGCCCGCACGACCGAUGCAGUAGAAGGCACAGCAAACAUACACAGCGAAUCUGGCGUAUCUGGUAUCCAAACUGGCGACUGUUGUGUCUUACGCGAUGGCGGAGCCCGCUCGGCUCAUCGGCCAGGCCGCGACCAACGGCGACCCCGACGAUGUUGAUGCCGACGGCGAGUACGAGGAGGAUGAUAUAGGCUACGAGCAAGUCACCCGCGAGCAGACCCAGGAUGAGGGGCACACCACCGACGCCGAGGGCUCCGAUGUCGAUGCCGAGGGCGAAGAGGUAGACGAGGACGACGACAGCGAGCCUGUGGGCGCCGUUAAGAUUGCUGCGCCCGAAGAUGCGUUUUCUGAGGAUGAGGGAGACGAGCGAGACGCAGACGCCGCAGUCGAGUCCUCCUCGGAUGCCAAGAGCAGCGCCAGCGAGGACGAGUCCGGCAGCUCCGAACUUUCCGAGGCAGAAAAUGGCUGGCAGGCCGAAAGCGAGGACGGCGAGGCUGAUGCUGAGAAACCAGACCCGAACGUUUGCGUAUAUUGCAAUGAAGACGAGGAUAAUGACCCAAACGAAGAGUUUGAGGAGAUUCUAUCGUGUGUCGAGUGUGGAGACAUGGCACAUCGGCAAUGCGCGCGCGACGCUAAGACCCUUAGCCUACAUGAUGAUGCGAAGAAAUGGACCUGUACAGCUUGCAUCAACAACGGACUCCAUGAGAGCGAUCGGGAUGAGACCUCGGAAUCACUCACUCGCCGGAGGCUUUCAUCAGUGCCAAAGCUGGCUCGAGAUCUGCUGCCUUCACACCGUGGCCAUGUCCCAAAAGGACACUCUAUCUUCAAUGAACUCAUUCUUCCCGACGACACAGCAGACGGGGCCCGUUCGCUUAGAAAACGCAAGGCCUCGCACGAAGAAGAGGUGCAGCUGCCUGUCAGGCAGACGAGAAAGAGGCGUAGGUCGUCUGAGAUUUCAAAACCGGACCUGGCAAAAUCAUCUGCUGCCUCACCGCCUCGUGCGCUGGCCGGAAGUGUCGUGACAGACGGCAACGAGACCGACGCUGAUCCCCACACCGGCUCGGAGCACGAGUCGAAUCGACUGCGUUCUGCCCGUGCUCGAAGAACGAAACCUAAGAGGACCGACAAACGACCACUGGCUUGGAUCGAUGAACCUCUCGGCUCCAAAAGCCUGGUCAUUGUGUUCCACCUGAAUAAUGAGAAAGUCCAGAAGAUUGUGACCUCGAAACCUAAAAAGUCUGAGGUCAGACCCAUGACCAGGGACGAGGAGCGGCGAGAACGGCGGCGCGAGAAGGACCGCGAACGCCGCGAACGUAAUCGCCGCGCUGAACGAGAGGCCCGAGAAUCCGUUGAGGAGACACACUACCCUGCAGCCCACAGCCAGUACGCCGCACCGUUCUAUGGGUUCGCGGACAAGGAGCCCGACGAGAACAAGAGCAAGCCAUAUGGUGGUAUACUUUCAGAAGCGGACGCUGACACUUCCAAAACAUAUCCGACCGCAGCAGACAGGAAACGCUUCGAAGACGCGCGUCAGAAAGCGGAAGAUGACUGGAAGCAGAAGCAAGAAGAGCUAUACGCAGGCCAAGAGCCCCAUAAAUCCUCAAAACAUGCAGGCCCGCCCAGCAAGAUAAAGUGUAUCAACUUUGGAGGCUGGGAGAUUGACACAUGGCACGCUGCGCCUUAUCCCGAAGAGUACAGUAAGAACAGGGUACUUUACAUCUGCGAGUUCUGCCUUAAAUACAUGAACUCUGACUAUGUAGCAUGGCGGCACAAGCUCAAAUGUCCUGCAAAGCACCCUCCAGGAGACGAAAUUUACCGCGACGGCAAGUUCUCAUUCUUCGAAGUCGAUGGCCGCAAGAACCCCGUCUACUGUCAGAACCUUUGUCUUCUUGCGAAGCUGUUCCUCGGCUCCAAGACUCUAUACUACGAUGUGGAGCCAUUCCUUUUCUACGUCAUGACCGAGUGUGAUCAGUAUGGCUAUCACUUUGUGGGAUAUUUCUCCAAAGAGAAGCGACCCAGCUCCCUCAACAAUGUGUCCUGUAUCCUUGUUCUCCCCAUACACAUGCGCAAAGGCUACGGACAGUAUCUCAUCGAGUUCUCCUAUCUCCUCACGCGCGUGGAGAGGAAGACCGGCAGUCCUGAGAAGCCUCUCAGCGACAUGGGUUUGGUCAGUUAUCGGAAGUACUGGCGGCUUGUUCUGUGCGAAGAGCUUCUUAACCAGAAGGGACCGAUCAGCAUCUCCACGAUAUCUGAGCGUACCGGAAUGACCGCAGAUGAUAUCGUGUCUGCGCUUGAAGGUCUCCGCGCCUUGGUACGCGAUCCUGUCACGAAACAGUACGCACUUCGGCUUGACUACGCAUAUUUCAAGCAAUACAUCGAGAAGUGCUACAGCGCUGGCAAUCCGACAAUAAACCCAACAAAACUCCAAUGGACGCCCUAUGUGAUGGGACGCUUUGGCCAGUAUGAAGAUGGACCGGCUCUACACACCGUACAGCAGCGCGACGAAGAGGAAGAAGAAGAGAAGCCCGAGCCCGAAGAAGGCGUUCAAUUGGAUGAGGCUGCAAAAGCUACCAAGACUGCAAAGACGAACGGCACGUCGCAAAACGAUUCAGCCACUGGCGAAGAAGGCGAAGACGCAGCAACGCCUUUUGUUGCGGCCGAGGAGUCUGUCAACGGCGGCUCACCUUUGCCUGGUACACCUCUUGCGAAUGGUAGUACUGUUGCCGUUGCAGGGUCUCAUAUAAUGAACGCACCUUCGGUUCCGGCUACAAGAUACGAAGUAUUUCCCCACGUUCCUGGCCAGCAACCUCCCAAGAGACGGCCUGGGCGGCCGUUCGGUGCUCGGCGUCGGACAAGUACACCCCAACGGAAUCGUUCCCUCAACCUAAGCAUAGCCACUGCGCCUGUUUCUCGUAUUCAAUUCUCUCCGAACGGGAGCGGCAAAGGCUCGCCAAGCAUGAACGGUAUGCAUACCCCCAGCAUAAGCCUUAGACGGACCAGAAGCAGGUUGGGCGAGAGCGUGGUGAAUGGUAUUGAGGAUGAUGAGCUUGAAGAGGGUGGAGAGGUAAAAGCGCCCGGUCGGCGUACAACGCGUAGCUCAACCAAAAGCCCGCACACGGUUAAAACUGCCAAAGGAAAGGGAAAGGCGCUACUAGACGAUGAAGAAGACGAGGAAGAAGACGAAGAAGAAGAAGACGAUGACGAAGACGAAGAUGCUGAAGGUGAGGAUGAUGAUGAAGAUGCUGAAGGAGAAGACGAUGAUGAAGACGCCGAGGGCGAGGACGAUGACGCUGACGCUGAAGGAGAGAUGGAUAUUGAUGCAGAAGGUGAAGACGACGAUGAGCUCAUGCCCGACGCAUGAGAAUAAGAUUGUGGUCUUUGCUGCACUUGCGUAUUAACAUAAGUAUUGGCUGGCAGGAGUUUGCAGGAUUUGACAUGGGCUUCUUCAAACAUGAUGCUUGGAACACGGGCUGCAAGGCUCUUCAUUCGAUUGGCGCAUGUUCGUUCGGCUUUUGCAUUAGGGAAGAUACCUCGGGAGGAGUUGAUUGAAUAUGACUACAUACCAUUUUACGUUCGCGUCGUUACGGCUGCAUCCAUCUUGAUGAGUGGCAGUGUACAUUCACAGGGGCUGAGGCAGGAAACAGGACUUUAGCACUUCUCAUCCUUAGGAG